CACCUCCCCUUUCCUGUUGGAUGUAAAUACUAUCAGCUCAGUGCAUCUUCCGUUACUCAUAAAAAUACAAACAUGAGGAAAUUUUUUGAAGAUAUUAAGAAAGACAUCAAAUUCAAGUCGGCAGGACCUGGAAAGAAACUAAAUGAAGACAGUAGCAGCUCUAACCCGCCAGUGGUGCAGAGCAGUGCCCCUGCCAAGCCCCGGCAUGCAGUUACAGAGGGGGCCCAGAGAGCAGGGGCUGCAGCCCUGGCUAGGAUAGAGCAACAGCAACGGCCUCGGCUUCAGACCUCGCAGGAUGCUAUUCGCAAUCAAGUGAAGAAGGAACUCGAAGCAGAAGCUGCAGCAAUAGUAGAAGGCGAAAAACCCUCAACAGAUAUUGAGGGUACCAACAUUCCAGUGAAGGAUACAGAAUGUCUUUCAGCGUCGGGAGUGUAUUUUAAAUGCCCUCUCACCGGUGCAGUCUUUAAAAAGAAUGAGAGGGAGACUCGUAUUAAAGAAGCUAUUCUCAUGCAGUUUGCAAAUGACCCCGUGGAAGCCUCCAUCCUGAUGAUUCAUACUUUCAACAAGGACAGAGAGAAAGUGAAGGCUGCUGUGGAAAUCAUCAGCAGGUAUCUGGACAACAUUUGUAAGAACCCAGAAGAGGAGAAGUUUAGGAAGAUCAGAGUCAGCAAUAAGAUCUUCCAGGAGAAGGUCAGUAGUGUGGAAGGAUCUCAGGAGUUCCUACAGGCUGCAGGAUUUGAAUUUAAAAGUUUACCCUUGGAGGGAAAAGAGGGCACAGAGGAGUUCCUGGUGCUAGCAGAGCAAAAUUCCAGUGAUUUGGAGAAACUCACAGAGACGAAGGACCAGCUUCAGAAAGGGGAGCCGCUCCGAGCUCAGCUGGAGCGCCAGCCGCAGGCCUUCCGGCCCUCCCCAAACGCCAUGCGCUUCGAGCUGCCCGCAGACUUCUACAAUCUGACUGCUGAGGAGCUGAAGAGGGAGCAGCAGUUCAGGAUGGAGGCAGCGGAGAGGAACGCCAUGCUCCGAACGAAGGCCAUGCGGGAACGUGACGAGCAGAGGGAGAGAAGGAAGUACAACUACACCCUACUAAGAGUGCGCUUGCCAGACGGAAACAUCCUGCAAGGAACCUUCCUGGCUAGGGAGCCAGUGGCAGCACUAUACGAGUUUGUGCGAGAGUCGCUUGUGGACGGCUGGCAGCCCUUUGAACUGAUGGCCCCCGGGGGGCAGAAGCUGAACGAUGACGAGACAUUACUAAACGAGUGUAAUCUGGUCCCAGCAGCUCUCCUGACGUUCUCCUGGGAUGCUGCUGUCCAAGCAGAUAUCGCUGCAGCUGGAGGACACUGCACCGCUCUGCUUAAACCCAAAGUACUCGAGAACAUCAGGACCCUGGUUUAAGAAGCACUACCCAUAUACCAGCCUCCCCCCCCAGCCCUUUGUAUCCUGGGACCUACUUUGCUUCCUACCACAUUUAAAAUUUUAGCACCGGAUUUAUUAGUCUAGUGAAUGAAUCGAGAGGUGUGUCCAGUUUUGUUUUCCUUUCGGUUACACCUAAACGUAGGAUGCCUGGGCGAGAAUAUACCCACCCGUGUCCUAAUGAGCCAGGUUAGUGGUUCAGGCCCAGAUGUGUGGGAUUCUAGUCAACACUAAUGAAAUAAAGCAUCAGUGUUCAGCAGUCUGCUGAUGUAGUAUCACAGUAUUGUGGUUUUACUCUUGGAAAGAAGGCGAUGGACAUGGGCCAUGCAGGUGCUGUCCCACCCCUACAUCUACGCAAUGACAUCACAGGAUAUGAUUUUUCAAAAAAGUAAAAUGUCAGCUGACUCGCAUAUGUUAAUUGCUAUUCCUUCCAGGAUUGGCCAUGUUCUAAAUCCAGUCUUGGUAUAUGGUUAUUUAGGCUCUACCUCCACAGAACCAACAAAAGAAAAUCUGCAGUCUUAAUGUCUACUGAUAUCUGAACUCUUACCUGGUAAACAGCUGCAUGACAUCGGAGGUUAAACUUGCUGGUUAAUUACAAAACAUCUGUAUUGCUCUAAUUAUAACAUCACACAGCAAACUCAUGAAGAUCUGCAACAAAAGCAGAAUUUUUAAAAGCGAACAUUAUUGUUCAACACUUGAAUCUUAUAGGGACAGAUCCCUCUAAAACGAAGCAGUUCGAAUGCUUAGACUGAAUGGUGAGUUAAUGGAGCGCACCUGAAAUUCAAAGCAUACUCAGACUACGCCUACCAAGUAAUGGGAUGUAGCAGCUACUAGUGGUAAUUAGAUAUAGAUAAUCUUGGGUUUUUGUGUUUAUACUUUGUUCUGCUCCUGGUCCCAUUAUAAAUAUGUUAAACUUUUCUUAUUUGUUUAUGCUCCAGUUACAUAACUUUAACACAAUACUAAAUUCUCUCUGCUGGCCCAGUAUGCACUUUACUUCACUCUGGUAACUUACAAAUGUACUUAUUUGCUUUUAUUGUGUUUAAAACCUAUGUAUAUAUGACAUGCAUGAGGUUUGUAUGGUGGUUUUAAACUGUCAAGGUGACCUUUAUAACAGAUUUGAGUGUUUAUGAUCUUAUUUGAAUAAACCAGAAUGUACAGCAA